AUAAGCGAAGGCCUUGAUUUAUCGGACAGUGAGAGUCGUGCUGUAGUAAUGAUUGGAUUGCCUUUCGCACCAACUCGUGAUCCUCGCAUCAAGCUCAAGAAGGAAUUCAAAGCCAUACUAAAAAUGUAUGUUUCAGUAUCGUUAUUUCUGCGGAUCAUUACUCUUGAUAACCUCCUUACGAUAUUAUUCAUAAUUGUUUUGGAUCUUGAAUUUGGAGAUUUCGAACCGUUCUUUCGUGAAAAAAUACUAAGGCGAUAUCGUCCAACAAUUGGUCAGUAA